AUGGCGUGCAGCCUGAAGGACGAGCUGCUAUGCUCCAUCUGUCUGAGCAUCUACCAGGACCCGGUGAGCCUGGGCUGCGAGCACUACUUCUGCCGCCGCUGCAUCACCGAGCACUGGGUGCGGCAGGAGGCCCAGGGCGCCCGCGACUGCCCGGAGUGCCGGCGCACGUUCGCCGAGCCGGCGCUGGCGCCCAGCCUCAAGCUGGCCAACAUCGUGGAGCGCUACAGCGCCUUCCCGCUGGACGCCAUCCUGAGCGCCCGGCGCGCCGCGCUGCCCUGCCAGGCCCACGAGAAGGUGAAGCUCUUCUGCCUCACCGACCGCGCGCUCGUCUGCUUCUUCUGCGACGAGCCUGCCCUGCACGAGCAGCACCAGGUCACGGGCAUCGACGACGCCUUCGAAGAGCUGCAGCGAGAAUUAAAGGAGCAGCAGAAGACCCUGCAGGACAGCGAACGGGAGCACACCGAAGCCCUGCAGCUUCUCAAGCGCCAGCUGGCUGAGACAAAGUCUUCCACCAAAAGCCUUCGAGCAACCAUUGGAGAAGCCUUUGAGCGCUUGCACCGGCUGCUACGCGAGCGACAAAAGGCCAUGUUGGAGGAGCUGGAGGCGGACACAGCCCGCACCCUGACGGACAUCGAGCAGAAGAUCCAGCGCUACAGUCAGCAGCUGCGCAGGGUCCAGGAGGGCAGCCAGAUCCUUCAGGAGCGGCUGGCUGAGGCUGACAGGCACACCUUCCUGGCCGGGGUCUCCUCACUCUCCGAACGGCUCAAAGGGAAAAUCCACGAGACCAACCUCACCUACGAAGACUUUCCCACCUCCAAGUACACGGGCCCCCUGCAGUACACCAUUUGGAAGUCGCUCUUUCAGGACAUCCACCCUGUCCCGGCUGCUCUCACCCUGGACCCUGUCACUGCCCAUCAGCGGCUCAUCCUGUCUGAUGACUGCACGAUCGUCGCCUACGGGAACCUCCACCCGCAGCCGCUGCAGGACUCGCCCAAGCGCUUCGACGUGGAGGUGUCCGUGCUGGGCUCGGAGGCGUUCGGCAGCGGCGUCCACUACUGGGAGGUGGUGGUGUCGGAAAAGACCCAGUGGAUGAUCGGGCUGGCUCAUGAGGCGGUCAGCCGCAAGGGCAGCAUCCAGAUCCAGCCCAGCCGAGGCUUUUACUGCAUCGUCAUGCAUGACGGUAACCAGUACAGCGCCUGCACGGAGCCCUGGACCCGGCUCAACGUCAAGAACAAAUUGGAGAAGGUGGGCGUCUUCUUGGACUACGACAAGGGACUCCUCAUCUUCUACAAUGCAGACGAUAUGUCGUGGCUUUACACCUUCCGGGAGAAGUUUCCGGGGAAGCUGUGUUCCUACUUCAGUCCCGGUCAGAGCCACGCCAAUGGCAAGAACGUGCAGCCUUUGCGCAUUAACACGGUGCGCAUUUAG